GCCCCCCAUGAUGCCUCUUCCAGGCUCUUUGGGACAGGCUCAGCAGGUGCUUUUCAGUAUUGCCCCCUCCCCAGCAAUCAUCCCCAUACUCUGGGGUUACCCUCUGCAGCUCACACCCAGCUGCAAGGGUGUAAUAGGGGGGUCCCCAGCAGCACUGCUGCAGCCAUCCCUGGCUGUUUUGCCCAUGGGCAGCCUAACGUGGAAGGGAAGAGAGUUGUCCCUGCUCGACUACAAGACCGCCAAGUUCUCGGUGACGCGGAACCGGCGGGUGGGGCUGCUGCACCGGCUGCUGCAGCUGAGCGCGCUUGGCUACCUGCUGGGGUGGGUGCUGCUGCUGCGGAAGGGGUACCAGGAGCGCGACGCGGCUCCGCGUGUCGCCGUGGUCACCAAGGUGAAGGGGGCGGCGGCCGCCGAGGCCGCGGGGCGGCGGCUCUGGGACGCUGCAGAUCUCACCUGGCCUCCGCAGGGAGAAAAUGUGCUUUUUCUGGUGACCCAUUUCACUGCCACAAUCCAGCAAGCCCAAGGCACCUGCUCCGAGAGCCCCUCUGUCCUCGAUGGGAUGUGCACAGAAGAUGCAGAUUGUCCGUUGGGAAAACCUGUGGUUCAUGGCAACGGGAUAAAAACUGGGAAAUGUUUGAUGUUCAACACCACCCAUUCCACCUGUGAAAUCUAUGGCUGGUGCCCUGUGGAGAAUGACGCCCUGCCCAGGAAACCUCUUUUGGCUGAGGCAGAGAAUUUCACUAUUUUUAUAAAAAAUACUGUCCACUUCACCAAAUUUAACUUCUCCAAGUGCAACACUUUACAAACUACUGACCCCAGCUAUUUCAAGAGCUGCACAUAUGAUCCAGUCUUCAACCCCUCCUGCCCUGUGUUCCGUGUCCGUGACAUGGUGGAGGCAGCUGGAAAGAACUUUGGAGACCUUGCACUCCUGGGGGGAAUCAUCAGAGUUCUUAUCGAGUGGAACUGUGACCUGGACCACCCCGCUACCCAGUGCCAGCCACAGUAUUCCUUCAGGCUGCAGGACACGAUGUAUAAUUUCAGAACUGCCUCCUACUACUGGGGCUCGCAGCGGCAGCUCUACCGGAACCUGCUGAAGCUCUAUGGGAUCCGCUUUGACCUCUCUGUGCACGGCCAGGCUGGGAAGUUCAGUAUUGUUCCUACUGCCGUGAGCUUCGGCACCAGCAUCGCUUUCUUUGGUGCUGCUACGAUGGUCUGUGACCUGAUUCUGCUCUACCUGGAUGCAAAGGCUGACCUUUAUUGGAAGGGGAAGUUUGAGGAGGCAAGACCCCCUAAAGGUAAGCCUGAGGCCACAGCUUAGGGACAUCAGGAAUGCUUCACCACAAAGACCCUUUCCCCCAGAGCCACCUCCAGGUGGAUAUGACAGGGACAUGGCUGCAGCCCCGGUGGAGGUGGGCCAGUUGGGAUUAGGAUCUGCCUUUCCUGG